GUGCAAUGCAACGUGUGCAACACCAAGAUGACGGCACAGGAGCUCGAGAUGCACCAGAAGGCGGGAUGUGAAGAGCAAUCAUACGUUUGUGAAUUAUGUAAUGAGCUCGUGAAGAGCCGGGAAGAACAGCAUCAUAACUUGGAAGUUUGCAGUCAGCGAGAAGUUGCAUGCCCAAGAUCGUGUGGAGUGAAUGUGAAGCACGCAAACCUUGACAAGCAUCUGCAGACCUUCUGUCAAGAGCGACUGGUGUCGUGUAAGCUUGGCUGCGGGCUCUCGAUACCCGCAAAAGAGAUCUUAGUGCACCAGCAGAAGAUUUGCAGCAAUCGAGAGGUUCAUUGCCUUCAGUGCACCUCUGAGCUGAUGGCAAAGGAUCUACAAACACAC